CUUCAAGGUUGGCUUGUGCUGGAGUACAUAACUUUGUCAAUCGGAUCGCCAGCUAUCAGAACUUUGUCCCUUAAUGGGUUUUGUAUUUUUCCUCAAAGUGGAGACAAAGUCCAGAAAUACACUUGAACGCCGGUGGUGGUCGGCCCAACAGACCUGCAGCUUUUCUUUUGGCCAUUUUCUGUCCUCUGGCUGUCCACCCCAACCCACCCCACUUUAGAGCUUGCACUCGUUACUCUCUUACAUUUAUUUGCCAUCUGUUUGUCCAUGCAAGGGAAAGAAACCUCCUUUGAGGAACAUGGCCUGGAAAUACCAGCAACUCAAACUGUUCAUGUGUUGUUUUAGGCCAGAGAAGGUGUCAAGAUUGAGCAUGAAAAGAAGCUGUCGACCCUCCAGAGUCAGGAGUAUAAAGGGGGCGAUGUAACUAAGCUAGACAAGACAAAGACCUCAAUCAAGAAGCUGCAGUCUCUUAUUAUUGUGACCUCGCAGGCUGUUUCCACCACCUCAACUGCGAUUGUUGGUCUCAGAGACUCCGAUCUCGUUCCUCAGUUGGUCGACCUUUGCCAUGGGUAUGUCACUCUAUUCUCCUCUCUCCCUUUUCUCUUUCGAAAGAAUUAAUGCACAAGUAGCGUUGAGGAACAAGUACCAAUGAUCUAUAAUAAUAGUGUCCUUAUUAUAGUUUGAACUUCUUUUUUCGUCAAAUGAGAUAAGGUCAUUUGUCCAGGCGUUCAUACACUGGAGCGUACAUUACUACCUUCUUAUGUUGUACACUCCUGGUCGAUUCAUUUCUCAUUGGGGUUAUUCUUGAUCUAUGUAAGUGCUCUCUAGUAUUUUCAACACGCUCACGAUUUCCCGGCACGCUGAUUGUGUCGCAGAUCGUUAUUCUAUGAAUUAUGUGAUUCGUUUACCAUCUAUUGGGAUGUCAAGUCUCAAGUAUGAUAGGUUAAUAGUACUAUAUCCUUCCAUGGUAGUAGGUGAAGCACAUAAUAAGGCUACUGCCCAGCUGGUGCCACUUGCUUUCAUGCCUUAAUGUGAACGCAUGUGCUUUUCUUGUCCUCCUACUGUUCAAUUCUCAACUAGCACCCAAAGUCAUAAAGUUGGCCCAUCUCUCGACCUCGUUGCUUAUGUCUCAUCUCAUUUCCUGGCCCUGUUCGAGGUCAAAAGGUUACUGACAUUAAUCGAGAACCAGGUUCAAUGCACUGAUAUGUCCCCACCUCUCAAUUGGGUAUUGUUGAUUUAUGUGAGCUAGUGACUAGUGAGGUUUUGUCACUCUUAAGAGCAACCAGGGGCAAUUGCAACACACAAGUAUCAGCUGACAUGACAAUUGUAAUUGGAGGCACAUGAAAUUGCAACUGAAUCGCAUUGUUAUUGUAAUUUGUAUGAGCGUACCACCAUGAAGUCUGGCUUUUCGGAAUAUGAUGUGCUAACAUUCGGUGGUAAUGCAUUCCCCCCUGCAGAUUCAUGUACAUGUGGAGGUCGAUGCACCAGUACCACGAGGUCCAAACCAACAUCGUGCAGCAGGUGCGGGGCCUAGUGAACAGGUCGAUGAAUGGCCACUCGACCUCCGAACUCCAUAGGCAAGCCACACGCGACCUUGAGUCGGCUGUCUCAGCCUGGCAUUCCAGUUUCUGCCGCUCGAUAAAAUUCCAGCGCGACUUCCUUCGAUCGGUCCAGACAUGGUUCAAGCUGACCCUUGUCCCAGUGAGCAGCACAGACAACACCACAAAUGGUGCCGUACAACGGUCCGACGUGUACGCCUUCUGCGAUGAGUGGAAGCUGGCCCUGGAUCGUGUCCCCGACACGGUGGCUUCAGAAGCUAUAAAGAGCUUCAUCAAUGUGGUCCACGUGAUAUCGGUAAAGCAAGCGGAGGAGCUGAAGAUCCACAAGAGAACCGAGAGUGCAUCGAAGGAGCUGGAGAAGAAGGCGUCCUCGCUACGCAACAUAGAGAGGAAAUUCUACCAUUCGUAUUCGAUGGUAGGAGUGGGGCUCCCUGAUAACGGGGCGGAGAAUGGACCGGCGGGGCUGGAUGCUCGAGAUCCACUGUCUGAGAAGAAAUCAGAGCUGGCGGCGUGUCAGAGAAGGGUGGAGGAUGAGAUGGUGAAGCAUGCUAAAGCAGUGGAGGUUACUAGAGCGAUGACGUUGAACAAUUUACAGACAGGGUUGCCGGGGGUUUUCCAGGCCUUGACUAGCUUCUCUGCAUUGUUUACGGAGGCGCUUGGGACGGUAUGCACCCAUUCCUACGGUAUCUAGUAGCGGUGCAAUUUUUGUUUUACUUGGUUUGUUUAUGGGGUGGGGAAGUUUGUUGUGUAAGGGCUGGGCAAAAUUUUCCUUUCUAUUUUGGAUGGGGAAAAGUAUCAUCAUUAUAUUUUUGACAUGUAAAUAUGUGGCUGUUUCGAUUUUGGCGAUAUAUGUCUUUUUUGUUGUUGUUGUUGUUGUUGCUGCUACUCUUGAUUUUGGUUGGAAAGGAGAGAAAUGGGGACUCUCUGUACAUGACACGAUUGCUGCUUUGCAUUUGUUGUACUAGAGGAGGUGAAAUAAAUUAUGCUGCCUGCCUGCCUAAUGUGCAUCUGUUUUCUUAAUGAAUGAACUUUAACCCA